AUGUCGCGACUCCAGCCCGGUUUGUGCGAGGAAGCCAAAGAUGUAAAGUCCUACGCUGGAUACAUCAAGCUGCCACGUGGGACACUCGAAGGGGUUGGCCAGGAGCAAGAUUACGAGAUCAACACCUUUUUCUGGUUCUUUGAGGCCAAGGAGGAUCCAGAGAAUGCGCCUCUUUCGAUUUGGAUGAACGGCGGUCCCGGUAGCUCGUCAAUGUCUGGUCUAUUCAAUGAGAAUGGGCCCUGCUACAUCAAUGCAGACUCCAACUCGACGCGGCCAAGCGAGUGGUCAUGGAACAACAAAGUCGGCUUCUCGUACGACUCGCUGCGAAACGUCACCAGGAACCUCCUCGGAGGCACGCAGACUCUGAACGCCUCAUCUCCGAUCCCGGCACAAAACGUCACCUUCCAGACCGGCACGCUGUCCAGCGGCGGAAGAAACACGACGAGCUUCGGCAGCCGCAACGCAGGCAUUGCCCUAUGGCACUUCUCCCAGGUCUGGUUCCAGGAGUUCCCGGGAUACCACCCCAACGACAACCGCAUCAGCAUCGCGACGCAGUCCUACGGAGGCCGGUACGGCCCCGCCUUUGCAGCCUACUUCCAGGAACAGAACGAGAAGAUUGCAAACGGCACCUGGAAUGGUACGGACGGCGAAAAGUACAUCUUGAAUCUGGAUACUCUCUUGAUCGUCAACGGUUGCAUUGACCGCCAAGUGCAGUGGCCCUCGUACCCAGAGAUGGCGUUCAACAACACAUACGGCAUAGAAACGGUCAACGAGACUGUGUAUCAGGGCAUGCUUGACGCUUACUACGCAAAAGGAGGCUGUCGCGACAGAAUCGACGCGUGUCGUCAAAUCUCCGCCGUGAAUGACCCAGAUAACAUCGGCAUCAACGCCACCGUCAACGACGUCUGCAGAGACGCGGAAACAUACUGCACCGCCAACGUCCGAGACCCCUACCUCGAUGUCUCGGGGCGCGAUUACUACGACGUGACGCAAAUCGACCCCACGCUCUUCCCGCCCCCCUUCACAGCUGGCUACCUCAACCAACCACAUGUCCAAUCCGCCCUCGGCGUCCCUCUCAACUGGACAGGCAGCUCCAGCGCAUCCUCAUCCGCCUUCCGCAGCAUCGGAGAUUACCCCCGCCCCGGCUGGAUCGAAGACAUUGCCUAUCUCCUCCACAGCGGCAUCAAGGUCUCCCUCAUGUUCGGCGACCGCGACUUUGCAUGCAACUGGAUCGGCGGUGAGAAAGUAGCCCUCGCGAUUCCCUGGGCGGACCAGGAGAACUUUGCCAAGGCGGGUUACCAACCGCUGCAGACCAACGCUACCUACGAAGGCGGCCAGGUACGGCAGUACGGCAACUUGUCGUUCAUCCGGGUCUACCAGGCCGGACACGCCGUGCCGUCGUACCAGCCGGAAUCCGCAUAUCGGAUUUUCAAUCGUGCGCUCUUCAACAGGGACAUUGCCACGGGCCUUGUCGAUACCGCGACGAACUUGACGUAUGCUACCGAGGGGCCCGCGGACACGUUUAGUAUCAGGAACGACGUUCCGCCUCAGUAUGCGGGUUUCUGCUACGUUCUUGACCUGAGCACGUGUAGCGACGAACAAGUUGAUGCUCUGCGUGAUGGUACGGCCGUCAUUAAGGAUUAUAUCAUGAUUGAGCCGGCUUCGCAACAGGACGCUGCGAUUGGUUUGAAAGCUAGAGACACUCUCGAUGAGAAGUAA